CUUCCAAGCAUCACCUAAUAUUCGCACUUUAGCCACCCUCAUUCAUUUGUAGGUUGCUCCACGCAUAUUUCGCCUACUAUUCCACCAUCAAAGCACACACACAAACGAUGUCUGCUAUUGUGCGCCUUCGGAGGGCUCUCAGCUCCUUUUCAUCGUAUUUCUACACAGCAUCAUCCCCAGACACCUUGCACAUCACACCCUCGUUUGAUUCCGAGUUUGGACAAUAUCCCUCAGCAGACCCAAUAGCAAGAGACAGCAUCGCCACCACGCUUGGCAGACACGCAGACAUGCAGAAGGACCGCACUGUCGUCAAGCUCGUUCUGCAGUUUGUUGUCUUAUGUGUGGUGUCACUUGUGCCUGUAGGAAUAGCUGCCCUGGGCCUCACGUUUUCGCACCCGUCUACCGCUGUACUUGUCUCCGUAUAUGUAGUGACUGGGGCCAUAUCACUGACUGGAGCCACUGCCAGCUCGGUGUAUACGUAUAGGCGGAUUAAUCGGCUGGUUGAUGGAAGGCAGCACCAGCUCCCGUUUGCAGGACAAGAGUCACAAACGUCGCAGGUCACCAGGGUCACAUCGGCUCUCGAUGCCUUUAGUGCCACUCAGCGGUGGUACCUGCCAGAGCAUAUGCACACAACACCGACGCUGGUUCCCCGCUCACAGCUCUAUGCAGUUGAACGCAGCCUGUCACCAUUGCCGUCGUCCAAUCGGCCUUCGCUGGAGGCCACCCGUGGCAGCACAUUGGCAUACCAGAGCUCAGGGUACUUGCCUGGACUCAUCAGGGUACAGCCGCUGUAUAAGCCCGAUCCAGUGCAUGUGAAGAGCGCGGCACGGGUAAAGUACAUUCCGCUGAAGACCAUCCACAGCAGUGAUAGCAGCAUAGGGCUACCGCCUGUUGUCAGUGUGUUCGCAUCACAGCCUCUUGCCGCCAGCAAUAACCUCGAUCGAUACAGCGCCAGCACGACAUGCAUCGACGGUAUGCGCAAGAGCCUGGAGGCUGAUGGUCUUCACGAGACUACCGACGAUACUAGCGGGCUUGUCAAUGAUGACGACGACGACGAAAAUGAGGAUGACGAGAGCGAUGCAGGUAGCGCGCGUAUCUACGACUUUGACGAGGUCAAGAUCAAGUCGACCUGCUCGCUUGAUGGGGCUCUGUUGGCACUCCGGCCGCAUAGCAGUAGCACCAUUGUCGUGCCGCCGCCGCGGUGCACAUCUUGCAUGCGUACACACAGCGAGUACAGGAAAGAAGAGCAUUCGGCAUUUGUUAGAGAAAUUGCCCACCUUAAUGCGGUGGUGGUGCAGUCCAGCCGACCAAAGAUUGUCAAUGCCGACCAGCUUUACCAGACAUCGCCAUCCGCCUUUUCAUCGACAGGAUAUAGCACGCCUGCCUUCCCCGAGCCACCGCCCGGCCCUGCGAUGCGCCUGCAAUACCAUGCGAUGCCACCAAUUUCAGCAGUCUUAAUGAGCACAUGCGAUCUGCAGCUGCCACUCCGGUACACGAAACAGGGUGUUUCGCAAGGCAGCACGAGAUCGAUUUAUGGCGAACGCAGUGCUGCUGAGAGCAUGGCUGUCGAAGAUUACAGUCUGGAUCACUUGGCUGCUAGCCAGUUCUCUAGGCCCGAGGUUCCAAGACCCCAGCCUACAUGGAUCGAGCCCAGCGAGCCGGUGUAUGGUAGGCUCGCUGUUCCUGAAGGCAUUGAUGUCAACCAAAUCGUUGGCAAGCUGCAGUAUAUCGUCAGCUGCCAGUCGUCAGACACCAGCCAGACUACCAGCGUGUCGAGUGCGGAGAUGAAGGGUCUGGACGAGCCUAUGCUCGAGUCCAGCGGGCUGGGCUGGAGACGCAACACAAUGUCAAAGAUCAGGGAGCGCAAGAUCGAAUCGUCAUCAUCUGAGGAUGGACCAGGUUCCGAGGUGUUUGACAUUUCGGGCUCCGAUGGCAGUCUACCCGAUGUGUACUAUGCCUCGGCGGUCUCACAUCCCGCUGUCCCUCUGCGCUCAUCCACCGGCUCCAGUUCAGAUGUUCAGAGCCAUGUAUCUCUCUGCUCUGACUACUCUCAAGCACCGCCGCGGUCGACCAGCUUAACCACUGGCGUCAAUUUGGACUGGCAGACUACCGUCCAGCUCUUCCACCGCCCCGAUAUUUCCCUGGGCGACUCUGCAGCCAACUUGCCGGCUCACUGCACUUUGAUCAAUCUAGGCGUCUCUGAGAUAAAGCUGGUGCCCCACCGCGUUGAGCAGGCCACCGUCUCGCUCAGUAGUAACCAGGGCUCGGCAGCCGGCAAUAACACUACGCUGGCAUGCAGUGACAUGUGUGAAAUAUCUGAACGGUCCUCACUGGCCAUAGACGACGACUCUGUGGUCCUAGUGCAGGUAGCAUAGCGUACACUAAUAUUUGAAAAAUGUCUAUUUUAAAUUAAACUCUCAGCGAGCGGUU